CAAAGCAUUUAGUGCUGUUAUUUUACAGGCGUAGGAAAUGAUCAAUAGUAUACACAAAUAUGGCAACAAAUAGAUCGGUAUAUGAUGUGUAAGGGCAUUACAGUAACAUGUAAUCAUUUUGUCAAUAUGAGCAGACGUACUAGUGCAGAUAUAAUUGGAGUACUGAUAUGUGAAAUUGAAUUACAAUCAUAUGUGAUUAAUGUUAUACCAUUUGCGCUAAAUCAAUGACCAGUGCGGGGAAACAGAUGUUUCUAAAUGAUUUAUAACCUUUGCUGCCGAUGAUGUUUUGUUAUUUUUUCGCCACUUAAUGGAGUUAUAUUUUAAUAAUAUGAUGUUAUGCUAAAUGAUAAAAGGUUGGAAUAUUUAUAUAAUCAGCGUUGAGUGUUAUAACAACAAGAAAUGCCUGCUCUUUCUCUACUCAACUCAUGUUUAAAACGUAAAGGAAGUGUAAACACCGACAACUUUGAACGUAGAGCACCAGAAGACAAUGCUGAUGCCGACGGCGAAGAUAAGGAUGAGGAUGACGACGGACCUUCUGGUUUUGGUCACGUGGAAGAUAAUAUAGAAACUGAAGAAGAUCCACCCGAAUGGGAAAUGGGAAUCCGGCGUUCUAAUCAAUCUCGGGGUUCUAGACUAGAGGAUCUCUCAUUGUCUGACAUUAUUCUAGAUCCUGACGGAAACAUAACCUACUACUGGCUGGGUAUUGUUACCAUCGCCGUUAUCUACAAUAUUGCUGUCAUAGUCCUACGACUAGCUUUCCAAGAAAUGAGGGACCCGGCAAUGGAAGAUUCUGUAUUUUAUUUGUUGGACACUAUUGGAGAUAUUAUAUACAUUCUUGACAUAUUCGUUCACCUUCGUAUCUCUUAUUACGAAGAUGGGUGUCUGGUAUUGGAUCCAAUGAAAAUAAUGGAACAAUAUAAAGAAAGCAACAAGUUUAAACUUGCGGUAUUUGCGAUACUUCCUUUUGGUACUGUUUACAAGAUAAUAUCGGGUUUCGGCAGUCUUUUAUACAUCGAUUCAUUUUUCUAUAUUUCCGGUUAUCGUACGAGGAAUCCAAAUCUGAUCAGAGCUUUCAAACUAACAUUGAACCUUUGGGUUGUUAUCCAUUGGAUCGGCUGUGUAUAUUACGUACUGUCUGAGUAUGAAGGCCUUGGUUCAAACAGCUGGGUGUACCCUAGUGGACAAGAGUAUAGUUCAUUCAUUAGGAAGUAUAUUCGUGUAAUGUAUUGGUCGCUGAUGACCCUGACAACAAUAGGUGAGCGACCCCCACCUGAAACAGAUCUUGAAUUUGUAUUUACUGGUUUGACUUUUCUUAUUGGUGUUUUCGUGUUCGCUGCCGUUGUUGGUAAUGUUGGUGACGUCAUAAGUAACAUGAACGCCGCAAGAACAGAAUUUCAGUCAAGAAUGGAUCAGAUAAAAUCAUAUCUUCAACACAGACAUGUAGAUGACAAGUUACAAAAUAGGGUAAAAAGAUGGGCAGAAUACACGUGGAAACGAACACAAUCAAUUGACGAGCCUUCUCUUCUGCAACUCUUACCUGACAGACUUCGGACUGAAAUCGCUAUAAAUGUCCACCUUGAUACAUUAAAAAAGGUAAAGAUUUUCGAAGAAUGCGAAGAGGGUCUUUUACGUGAGCUUGUUCUCAAACUAAGGCCUCAAGUUUACUCUCCAGGUGAUUUCAUUUGUAGGACAGGAGAAGUUGGAAAGGAAAUGUUUAUAGUUAAUCAUGGCAAAGUUGAGAUAUUAGUACCCAAUCAACAAAAUGGCCACCGAACAGUCGUUGCACCAUUAUCGCCAGGAAAUUACUUUGGUGAAAUAAGUUUGCUGAAACUUGACGACGGGCAAAAUAGACGCACCGCGGAUGUUAAAGCUGUCGGGUAUUCAGAACUGUUACGUUUGUCCAGAAAGGAUCUCAUGUCGGCUUUAGUUGAAUAUCCAAAUGCAAAGAGUAUUCUCGAACAACAAGCCAAAGAAAGAAUAGAGAAGAAUAAGGAGAUGCGUCGUGCAAGUACACCUGACGAAUCUUCCCCGCAUUCCGUUGACAUGUCGUCGGAUGAUCAACGGCCGGGUAAAAAGAAAGAUCUUCUCCUCAAAGUUAUCCGGUCAUCCAACUUUAGGAAGCUUCUAUCUUCAAGACAUUCUGAGAUGAACGAAUUAAAAGAGGUUAUAGGAGAGCUGAGGCAAUUCGAUAGUCAAACAACUAGAGAUUUAGUCCAAAGUCUUCAACAAAAAAAUGACUCACUGCAAAAAGAGUUGGAUAAACGAAAGAAAGAAAUUUCUGUGCUAAAACGAAAGUUAUUGCAGCCAAAAGAACAAAAGUCCUCACAAAAAUCUUCUCAUUUGUCGUCAAGGGGUUUAAAAUCAAGUAACGUUGGUGAAAUGUACACGUAUCCGGUGACGAUGAACAGUAUUUGUAACGGAGGGGGCUCGUUGCAUGAAUGCUCUAGCUGUAUAGCCCAAGAUAUGUCGCCAAAAUUAUGUCGAUCAGUAUUUAGCCAACAUCAGUCGAUACCAAGCGCAAGAUCACUUAAACAUUUGCCUGUGUGUUCACUACAAGAGUUGGAAAAAAACUGUAAAUGUCGCUCUCUCCGGCACUCUUCCUCCAAUCCUGACGUCUAUAAGGGUGGCAACUUACCCAUGUUGAGGUUAAAGCAUUCUAAUCUUGAGCAAAGUCCAUCCAAAAAUAAUAAGUUUCAGACUUUUCGGAAUGCAUAUCAAAUGCAGGACAAAAUUAUUAACGGUGAUGUACGGAAUGAUACCUCAAAUAACAAAUGUUCGAACAGUAAUAAUCAUAGUGAAGCAGACGUUAUUGACCAAGAGAAUGACAAUGAACAAGACCAUUGUGAAGCUCAAGAUAUUCAAUCCAUUGAAAGCCUUCUUGAUUUAGAAACGAGCUUCUUGACAGAUAGUUCAGUACACUCUUCCGACCGUUCAUCGGAUGAGCACAGCGAUGUCGAAUUUGACAUAUCGUACGAACCAUAACACUAUAUUGAUUUUGAUACCCUAUACGAGCCGUAAUAAUGUCUCAAAUUUGAUUUUUACGACCAGCCGUAACACUGUCUCAAUUUUGAUAUCACGAACGGCCAUACCACGCUUUGUAUAGAUUAUAAAAGUUAUAGACCUGCCUCAAUUGGGUAUGGUGCUCGAACAGAAACACUUUCUUUACAUUAAUACAAAUAAAAUUUCGACCUUUUUCUCCAACGCGCCAUAUUUGGAUGUACAUUGGAUAUGGCUCGAUAAUUUCGCGGAGUCUUUACUCCUUAAUGUAAAGGACACAGUGUUCUAGAAAUAACUACUGGAAUUUAAAUGCAAUAAACUGUAUUUAUUUCGUAAUGCAUAAAGAAUUUAUGUACCAAAAUGCUUUAACAUUUUUGAGCGAUUUUUGACGCUUAUUUGUAUUUCCAAAUUUAGUGAUAUUUGAAAAAUUUCGAAGCAUGUAAUUUUGCUGGAAAUCGUAUAUGAUCUUUUGUUGAGUAAACUGUUGAUGGUGAGGGUAAAUGGUUAUCUUGAAUUAUUUGUAAGGAUCUGUGUAAACGUUGUCUUUCAAUUUGUAUAUACAUUGUUAUAACGUUGUUCAUUUAAAUAAAAUGUUGAAUUUUGUUUGUGUUA